UCAGCUGAUCUAUGACCGGUUUGCAUUGUCGUGUAGAAUGCAUGCGCAUUCGUAGUUCUCACUGCGCUAAUAAUAAAUACGUGAGUGACUGUAUUGCGUGUACAGUGUAAGCUCUGUUCAAUGGUGACUUUUUCGAUAACAAUCGUAAAUAAAGAGUUGACCGUUUAAAGUUAAUGAUAUAGAAUAUUACCAGCAAAUUCUAGACGUUGUUUUGUAGGAAUUAAAAUUUAGAAUCUUAGGGAAAAGAAAAACAAGUAGAAGGAAACGUAGUGAUAUCUCCCAAGAAAGAUAAAUAUUUACAAGAGAGAAAGAGAAAGAAAAGAUAAACAUUAAAAUUAUCAGAUAUGGAACAGCAAUGGAUUAUUACUUGCUUGUUAAUAGUGUGUGCGCAUGUAUCGCAUCAGGUAUCAACCUCAUAUUCGGAAACUUAUAUAGCAGCUGUGGUAGAAUUUCCUUCUAUACAUAAAACUGAAAGUGAACCUACUUUAACAACAAAUACCAAUGCAUAUAUCAAUCACAUUAAGACAGCUAAUGCAAGUGAUGCUGAUAUAAUAGUUUUUCCUGAAAAUGGCUUAACAACACUUUCUUUACCAGAAAGAGAAGAAAUGGAUGAUUGGUCAACUAUUGUUCCUGCUGCAUCAAAAAAUUAUAUACCUUGUGAUGAAAAUACUAUUGAAAUCAGCGAAACAUUGAGAAGAAUAUCAUGUGCUGCAAAAGAAAAUCGAAUCUAUGUUGUAAUAAAUAUUGCUGAGAAAUUACCUUGUAACAAGGAUACAUGUACAAAACAUGAUAAAAUUUAUUACAACACCAAUGUUGUAUUUGAUCGCAAUGGAAAGAUCAUUGCCAGGUAUCGUAAAACGAAUCUUUUCAUAGAACCAGAAUUUAAUGUAACAGAAAUACCGGAAAUAGUGACUUUUGAUACUGAUUUUGGAGUGAAAUUUGGAACAUUCAUAUGUUUCGAUGUAUUGUUCAACAUACCAGCAUUACAGUUGACAAGAAUUCAUCAAAUUACUGACAUUGUAUAUCCUACAGCAUGGUUUUCUGAAGUACCAUUUUUAACAGCUGUACAAACACAUGCUGGAUGGUCGUAUGCCGAGAACGUAAAUUUUUUGGUUGCUGGCUACAACAAUCCUUCUAGGGGCAACACAGGCAGUGGAAUUUACUUAGGUCGUAAAGGAAUAGGCAAGGCGAUAAUGCCUUCGAUCUUGCACGAGGAAGUGUUGAUAUAUGAAGUGCCUAAAAUGAAGAAGAAAACUGAAUCUAAUCACCAUACAGGUCAUUCAGUGAAUGUCGAUGAUUCAACUUUGUACCAUGGAAAGGAACAUGUGCACGAUGAAUUACGGAAGAAGCGCGAAGCCAACGCUAUUGAUGGAAUCAAACUUUUAUACUAUAAAAUUGAUGAAUUCAAUACGUUUCUAUUGGAAGGAAAUAUCACUAAGACCCUUUGCCAAAAUGACUUCUGUUGCGACUUUACGGUAGAAAUGUUGAACAUUGACCCAACAACGAGGUAUCGUUUAGGAGUUUUUAGUGGUAUUCGCAGUUUUUACGUCGUCAACGCAAGCGUAAGCGUAUGCGGCGUAAUACAAUGUUCAAACCAGUCGAUCGAUUCGUGCGGAUCUACGCAACAAUCACGAACAUUAUUUAGCAAUAUUGAUAUAUCCGCAACAUACCACAAUUAUAAGAAGAAUAUAGUUAUGCCAUCUACGUUAAACUCGGAAUUAUAUCCACUUCAAACGAUGGAUUGGUCGUAUGAUGAACACUUUCAUGAUGAUCAUGUACACGUCAGUAUGUCUUUGAUCAACAGUAAAAAUAAUCUACUAACAUUCGGAUUAUUCUCGAGAAACUUUGUUGACAGUGGCGCAAGUUUAACAGCAUCUUUCAGUACUGUUACUUAUUUCACAACAUUAUUAAUAACCUUGUUCCUAUCAAGAUUAUAAUUUGUAUAUGGUAUAUAUGCAAGAUAAACUUAUAUUUUAUCUAUACUGUAAGUAAUUUUUUAUGUAUUUUCUCGCUAAUACAAGGUCUGUUUCAGAGAUUAUAUAUUUUUUCUCAUCUACAAG